CAACAAAUAUUCUUCUGAGGAAUAAAACUGCCUCAUUUCUGAACUCUGCAGAGCUGUAGCUGAAUAACUAGGACUGCUACGCUGCAGUAUUUAAAUGAGGCAGGUGUGAAAGCACCCUUAAUGUUGGUCAUUAUCAUGGUACUUGGUAUAAAAAGACUGAUUGUUUAUGACAUGUUUACUUUCUCACUUCUCCUUUUUUACAUUUGCUGUCUGUCUCUGUUACUCCUUCUUUUCUUCUCUUCCGCCUCGUCUCUCCUUCUCCUCCUCCCUAAUACUCUCAGUUCUGGUUUGCCCAUCUUUGCGUGAACAUCACACGGUUUUCUCUCUGAUGUUUCAGGAUGAACACAACAAGCAAGGACAUCCAUGAAGCAUCUCGACCUGAUUGGUUGCUCUACACAGUUCCAGCUUCAGCCUUUCUGAUUGGAAUUGUUGUGUUCACGUACAUCUGCAAAACACAGCGUCCCAGGAACAGCAGAUUGCCCACAAAGCAGAGGACAAACACAACUGGACAUUUUGCCACACACACUGACAAUGGGUACAUUAAGAGCGGUGCUCAGAGGUGUAUGGAGAGCUCUGAAAACAACAAGAAGGAUGAGACGCAGUCAUAUGAGAAUGUAGAAGCAGCUAUCUACAGCAAUCAAGACAAAGUCACAUACUAUGUUUCUGCAGAUGAAGAUUAUCUUACCCCAGAUGCAAUUGGGGAAGAGGAAGCUGUGGGGCCACAGAAACAUCGCAACACCCUACAAAUGCCUAGCAAUCUGACAACUACGGAUGGAGAGUCGUAUGAGAAUAUGGUGGAGUGUGUAUAUGCUCAGCCUCGCAAACAGACACAGAAGCUCCGACACUCCACUGUAAACGACGAUUACAUAAAUCCUGAUGAAGAUGGAAAACAAGACACUGACUACAUAAAUCCGGAUGAAGAUGGAAAACAAGACACUGACUACAUAAAUAGUAAACAGCAGCCCAUGGCACCAUGGAGGAUGAUUCAUAUGAGAAGAUGAAUGGAAUCCCAGUCUCGCUGCAGAUAAAGAAGAGAUGGAAGAAGGCCGUGUGAAUGAAAGAGAUGCAGAGAAAUGGACAACUACAAUCAAAAUGCAAUUAACUGAGAGCUUCUUUUUAAAAUGUAAACCUUUAGGGGCAGCUACUGGAUGACAACUAAUUAUAUAUAUCUUUUAAAUAUAAAUAGCCUAUAUCAAUUAUACAUUACAUAAAAAAACAACAACCUUGAGAUUGAAAUCAAAAUGGACUACUUGCUUCAAAGACUUUUAGGGCACAAUUAAACACAGCAAAGAAACAAUGACACACAAGCCAUGUUUCACUUUCCAAUCAAAUCCUGAAUUGCACUCAAAAUGUUGCAUGGCAUAAUAUUAAAAGGUGACGAUUUUUUUUUUUUUUUUGUUAAUCUUUUUAUAAUUGUUUUUUUAUAUAUAUAUUUGUAUUACGUUGUUUUUUUUUUUUUUUCUGUUUCUUUCUUUUGGCCCCUUUAAAGUCACACUAUGCACAUUUUCGCCGCUAGAGGGCGUAUAUUCAAAAUAAACAAAGACAACUACCCAGUGGCCGA